GUGGGGUGCCCCCCUUUUCAUUUUUAUUGUGGACGUCACUCCCCAUGUUGGUUCCUCCUCCAGCCGUGAAACGCUUUUUUGUCACUGCAUCUUCCGGGAAACAAACUUCCCAGAGUUUGUGGGAGCAGCAGUAGUUGAAAUCAGUCCAAGCAGCUGGUGACUCGGUCUAAAGUUUUACAGAAACAGAAAACGAUGAAAACUUUGCUUCUGUUGCUUCUCUUCUGUCGUGUUUCAUCAACAGUGAAACACACACUGAGAUAUUUCUCCACUGGAUCCUCUGGAGUCUCAAACUUGCCAGAACUUGUGACUGUUGAAGUGCUUGAUGACAUCCAAACUGCGCGCUGUGACGGCAUCAAAAAGGAACUAGACGUAAAACUGGACUGGCAGAAAAAAAUCUUUGAUAAUGAUCCUGAUCAAUAUAAAUUCUACACCAACGAUUGUUAUAGAGUGUAUCCUCACCUCUUCAAAACCACGAUGUCCAGUCUGAAGCAGAUCUUCAACCAAAGUGAAGGUGUCCACAUCUUACAGCUUAUGGAAGGCUGUGAAUGGGAUGACGAGACUGGAAAGGCUACUGGUUUCUUACAGUAUGGUUAUGAUGGAGAAGACUUAAUUUCUCUGGAUCUGAAGACAUCAACAUGGAUCACUCCUAAAGCUCAGGCCUUCUCCGUCAAACAGAAAUGGGAUUCAGACAAAGACCUUAUAAUAGACAAUGUGUGGUUCUACACUGAGAUUUGUCCUAAUUGGUUGAAGAUGUAUUUGCUCCAUGGGAAGAGCUCUCUAUUAAAAACAGUGACGUCCUCAGUGUCUCUCCUCCAGAAGACUCCCUCCUCUCCAGUCAGCUGCCACGCUACAGGUUUCUACCCUGACAGAGCCUUGUUGUUCUGGAGGAAAGAUGGAGAGGAGAUUCAUGAAGGAGUGGAACAUGGAGAGAUCCUCCCCAACCAUGAUGGAUCCUUCCAGAUGAAUGUUGACCUGAACAUUUCAUCAGUCUCACCUGAAGACUGGAGGAGGUACGACUGUGUGUUUCAUCUCUCUGGUGUGGAGGACGACAUCAUCACCAAACUGGAUGAAACACAGAUCAGAACCAACUGGGAGAAGCCAAGUAACAUGACCACCAUCAUCAUCAUCUCUGCAGUGGUUGUUGUUGUUGUCGUCUUUGCAGCAGCUGCUGGAUUCAUGGUUCAUAAAAAGAAACAAGACCAAAAGGCUCCACUUGAUCCUGAGAACAUCUCUGAACUCUCUGAGAGACUGAAACCAGAAACCUGACUGACAAACUCAGUUCACUGAAUCACCUUAGAGUAUAUGGGAGUUGCAUUCAUCAUGCAUCAGCUUAUCAUAGUAUUAGUACUAACAGAAGAAACAUGUAAUGGCUUAGAGUUUGAACAUGACUUACAUUUAUACACUAACAACUUUGCUAAAAACUCCUGAUACUAGAUUCCUGAGACCACGUUUGUUUCUAUUCUAAGACAUGGUCUCAUGGAGUCUGCUGUGCUGCUUCUACUUUAUAUUUUUUCAUGUGCUGACCUUUAGCUUCAAAUGAGGAAUCAGAGAUGUUUAUGUAGUCUGGUAUUGACUGUUGUAAUACACUUUUUACAUCUCUUAGUGAGUCGUCCAGCAGUCGGUUGCAGGUUAUGGAGAAUGCUGCUGGUAGACUACUAACUGGAUCAAAUAGACCUUCUCAUAUCAGCCCUCUUCCUUUUCUCUGGCUCCUUGUGGCUUUCAGAAAACUGUUUAAAGUUUUCUUGUUAAGGUUCCUGUCUAAUGUGAUUAAGUUUUUUAUCAGAUCAAUUAAUGACUGUACAGCUGGAGUCCAGUGAUGAGUCCUAACAACACUGAACAUGAACAAAGAGCCUCCACAGGGUUGCUUCAAAACUCUGAUCACACUAACAAAGACCACGUCUUAAUUGAUGAAAGUUAGUUUAUUGGUAGACAGGUCAUGAGAGAAAUGGAUGGAGAGAUGAGAAGGGGAGGAAUGAAGUGAAGGGCUGAAUGUGUAAACAUGAUGGUAGAGGAACCCAGGGAUUGAGACUCAGGGUGGGGGCACAUCUCAGGAAGCUUCAGAUCCUUGUUAACCUGGUUCCUGUAAUGAAAGAUGGAAGAGGAAGAAAAGGAAAGAGAGGGAUGGGGAGGGUGGAUGUUGAGACCUGAGACAGACAGAGAGAAGGUUAGGACAUAGUUUUAUAGGUACGUUAUAAUAAAGUAUUUAUAAUAACACUUGAAUAUCAGUGUCACGUGUUUUACUGUCUAACAUUUCAGAAAUGUCACCAGUUUUUAAAACAUUUAAAUAUGUGUCAAAUGUAUCAAUAUUUUUGUGCUGUUGUUUCACAAGUUUAAUAAAGUAUUGUUUCAAA